CACCACCACUCCCACCACCAGCUAGAGUCAUACACAUGAUUACGGGAGGUCUGGAAGCAGGUGGACUGAGCUCUAAACAGAGAAAGCUGUAUGUCAGGGAGGUUAAGCACCAGAACCGGGCUCAGAAGCGCAAGUUUGACGAUGCUGAGUGGAAGAAUCAACCCAUCACUUUCACAUCUGCUGAUCUUGAAACAGUUGUCACACCUCAUAAUGAUCCCCUAGUUACUUCCGUCACAAUCAACAAUUGUGAAGUGCAACGUGUCCUUGUUGACACCGGAAGUGCACCAGACAUCAUGUACUUCCAUUGUUUUGAGAGUCUUGGGAUAGAUCCAGCUCUGUUGCAGAGGUAUGAUGGCCCCAUCUACGGGUUCAACAACCAACCAGUUCCAGUCGAGGGAGUACUUACCAUGAAUGUUGCAUUUGGGAGUGACCGAAGUUAUGUGACCCCUACGGUGCGGUUUCUCGUGGUCAAGAUGGCGUCCUCUUUCAACGUUGUCGUUGGCCGACCUACACUAACUGAGAUCCGAGCCGUAGUUUCCCAGUCUCAUCUAUGCAUGAAGUUUCCAACCCCUACGGGAAUAGCAACACUGCGAGGCAACCAGGAGGUGGCCCGGCAUUGCUACAUCACCUCGGUAACACAACCUCAGAAGGGCAAGACUCAGACACCCGAGAUUAAUCCCGGCCAGAUUGUUGAUGAUCGGCAAGUUAUGGGUGUUGAAAUCAUAGAUAACCGACCAGAGGAUGAAACCAGAGCUGCUCCAGUCGAAGAUGUGGAGGAGGUGCAGAUUGAUGACAGAGAUCCGAGCAGGAAAACGCAAAUCUGGACUAAAUUAAACCCAGAGGAAAGAGCAGAGUUAAUAUCUUUUCUUCGGGCUAAUAAAGAUGUUUUUGCAUGGACUUCAGCAGACAUGCCGGGAAUCCCCACUUCAGUUUUUCAACAUAAACUCAGUACCAAUCCCCUCAAGAAACCAGUAGCACAGAAGCGACGUCUCUUCGGGGGGGAGAGGUUAAAGGUUAUUAAAGAAGAAGUUGAGAAACUCCUACAAGCCGGCUUCGUCAGGAGGGUAGAUUACUGUGAAUGGGUCGCCAAUCCGGUGUUGGUCAAGAAAGCAAACGGUAAGUGGCGAAUGUGCAUCGAUUACACUAACCUCAACGACGCAUGUCCAAAGGAUUGUUAUCCAAUGCCAAACAUUGAUAAACUGGUGGAGGCAGCUUCGGGGAAUGAAAGAUUGAGUCUCUUGGAUGCAUACUCAGGUUACCACCAGGUCCCAAUGGCCCCUGAGGAUGAAGAAAAAACCUCAUUCUAUGCUGGUGAUGAAAUCUAUUGCUAUGUAAUGAUGCCCUUCGGCUUGAAGAAUGCAGGCGCCACUUACCAGAAGAUGUCAGCAGAUAAGUGCCUACCGUUUUUUAAGAUUAUGAGGUCAGUUGCCCAGAAGGAUGAAUCGGGUAAACAGAAGAAGUUUGAGUGGACUCAGGAAUGCCAAGCCACAUUCGACGAGCUGAAGUCUUACCUUAGCUCACCACCUCUACUGACUAAAGCCAAAGAUGGAGAAAUCCUCUAUCUAUAUCUGGGAAUUUCAGAUGAAGCCAUUAGUUCGGUUCUGGUAAGAGAAGAAGCCAAGCAGCAGAAACCAGUAUAUUAUAUCAGCAGUGUGCUGCAUGGAGCCGAACUGAGGUAUCCUAUAGCUGAGAAAGCAGCUUUAGCAGUCGUCACUUCGGCCAGGAAGUUGAGGCCGUAUUUCCAGUCGCACCCGAUCAUUAUUCUUACAGACCAACCCCUUCGGCAAAUCCUGCAAAAGCCUGAGUGUUCUGGAAGACUAAUUAAGUGGGCAGUAGAACUGGGGGAGUUUGAGAUAACAUUUCAGCACAGAUCUACAAUCCGAGCUCAGGCACUGGCAGAUUUUAUUGUAGAAUGCACUCCAGGUAAUCCCGUUCCUUCUUCAGAGCCUAAUGAUUGGACCUUAUAUGUUGAUGGGGCAUCUAAUAGCAAAGGAUCAGGAGCUGGUGUUCUCUUGAUUGGCCCAAAUGGAUACCGAAGUGAACAUGCUUUGAAGUUCAACUUCGACGCAACGAACAACAUGGCCGAAUAUGAAGCCCUGCUACUUGGUCUCCAGCUAGCAUUGGAAUUAAAACUCAGGGCAAUCCAAGUAUACAGUGACUCCCAGCUGGUGGUGAACCAAAUUAACUCAAUCUGCGAAGCCGUUGAUCCUGUGAUGGUAAAAUAUGUGGCUCUAAUAGCUGAAUUGAAAUGCAAAUUCCAGAAGUUCUGUCUGAGCAAAAUCCCCCGAACUGAGAAUGAACAGGCAGAUUCACUCUCUAAAUUCGCCUCUGAUAGUUCUUCACAUUCCAGGUCAGUUUUUGUAGAAAUCUUAGAUGAACCAAGCUUCGUGAAGCCACGGGUGAUGGAAAUCAGCACCAACCCAGACACACCGAGCUGGACUGACCCAAUCCUCUCCUUCUUACGAGAUGGGAUAGUACCUGAGGACAGGCAGGAGGCAAUGAAGUUGAGGAAGAAAGCAUCCUGGUAUACACUUGUUGAUGGGGUUCUCUACAAGCGAUCUUUUUCUCUACCUCUUCUGCGGUGCUUGAAUCCCUAUGAAGCAGAAUAUGCACUCCGGGAGGUGCAUGAAGGUAUCUGCGGAAGUCACGUGGGUGCUCGAACCUUGGCUCAUAAAGUCCUUAGACAGGGUUACUAUUGGCCCAACAUGUAUAAGGAUGCCACUCACUUUGUUCAGCGAUGUUUGAAAUGUCAGUUCUUUGCACACUUGACUCACCAGCCUGCAGAAGAACUCACCACUCUGGUAGCACCAUGGCCAUUUGCUCAGUGGGGAUUGGAUCUUCUGGGACCAUUCAUAAAAGGGAUAUGGAAUCCCGAAUCAGAUUGUGGCUGAUAAUGGAACUCAAUUUAACUGCACCUCUUUUCGAGAUUUCUGUUCCAGUUACGGGAUUAAAUUACAGUUCACUUC